CAUUCUGUCAAUAAGGCCGAUCGAGAUGCUCUCACGAUCAUCAUCAUCAUCAUCAUCAUCAUGGGCGUCAUUGCGAAGCAUACAACUGAUUGCGAUCAGUGUGUUCCUGUACUGUAGUGCAACAGAUCGGUUCGCCCAAGCUCAGGAACUAAAGGCCCAAAACAAGAUGACUAGCAGGGAUAACAAUUAUCGGGUGGAGCAACUACCCGGUCCACGGACAAAGCUGGGAGAAGGUCCAGUAUGGGAUAUCGAUACCCAGAGCCUUUACUAUGUAGACAUCAGCACACCCGCUGUCCAUCGUUACGAUUACGCAGAGAAUCGUACCUACAGUGCAAUGCUUGCGGGAGCCAACUCUAUUUCGUUCAUUGUGCUUGUCGCGGGACAGCCGGAACAUUUUGUUGUGGGCGAGAACAACCGUGUCGCUCUGAUCCGCUGGGAUGGGCGAUCGGAGAACGCACAGCACGUCCGUGUACUAGCCGAUUUAGGUAACAGUCAGAGUCACGUGCGUUUCAACGACGGAAAGGUUGAUCCAUCCGGACGACUGUACGCUGGAACGAUGCAGCUGGAAACUCUCGGCGAUCUGUUUGCUCAGAAGGAAGGACAAUUUUUCCGCUACUCGAACGGAACCAUGGUGGUGCAGAAGAAAAACGUCAGUAUUUCGAACGGUCUGACAUGGGAUGAGCCUGGCAAUCCUUCGCGGUUGUACUAUAUCGAUUCGGGCGCGCUGGACGUGAAGGCGUUCGAUGUGGAUGCGAAUGGAGAUCUGAAGAAUGAGACCGUGUUUUACGAUUUGCGUGUUAACGGAGCCCAUCCAGGCUAUGUUCCCGACGGGAUGACGAGCGAUGCGGAUGGUAACCUGUACAUUGCUACCUGGGGUGGUUCGAAGGUUAUGAAGGUGGAUAAACGAACGCAACAACUGCUUCAGGAAAUCAAAAUCCCAGCCGAACAGGUGACAUCGGUCGCGUUCGGUGGUCCUCAGCUAGAUGAGCUGUUCGUCACGACGUCUUCCAACGGGGACAAACCGGCACCGGCUGGAGAGCUGUUCAAGGUAACCGGACUGGGCGUUAGGGGAAAACCGAUGUACAAAAUGGUUCUGUAAA